AUGCCAGAGCAGCAGUGUGGAGCCAUUUACUUCGACGGCUUGGGUUCGAUACCAACAAAUAUGUGUCAAUACCGUGUGACUAUGAGCUGCGAUGGAAAAGUUGCAUCAUCACCAUCGAUGGAUAUGACUACUACAGGUUUCAAUUGCGUUCGUUGGGACCAUCGGUUCGUUGUGGAUAUCGACGACCUAUGGGUCGAUUUGAACUUUGUUGUACGCGCCGAGAUGGAUUUCAACCAGUUUAGUCAACAGCAACAACAUAACCGAUACAAUUUAUCGCGACAGAGCAACCCAGAUAACCAAUCAAAAGGUGCCCAACCCACACAGGUCUCACGAGGAGAGCCUGUCCAUCCCGAUUCCAGUGACUCUCAGCAUCUGGAGUCUAUAUAUGGCAAAACAAAGUAUGUACAGCGUAUAGGGCGCGCUAUUAUAUCUGUGCCUAUGCUUUUGGAUUCCCUACAAUUGCGUCGCACAACUUGUCUGAGGGAAGGCAGCAAAUAUGGCGCAGCUAGCACGGAACCAGGGCCAAUGAAGUUCCAACAGCCGAAAGAUGACACUAGUUCAGGGCUACCAAAGGAACGAACCACUGGAUAUGUUGACCAUACUUCCUCAGAGGGAAAGAACCGUGUAAGCGACGGUACCAAUGCACAAAGCAGCAUUGAAUCUACUGAGCGUGAUACCACUUACAGAUACAAAAAUAGAGAUUCUAAGAACACUGGUUCUUUUGUUUCCUUGGAUGGAGAAGUGGAUGACUCUAAGGACAUUAUUUGUGGUCGCAAUGUGGAUAAGUUAGAGGCCACGGUUGACGUCAAUCCCAGCAACGCCACUACACCUUCCAGCACAGACGCUGGAAGCAGUCAGAUUCCGACGAGUGGCCAUGAAACUGACGGAGGGUUAGGCACAUCGGAGGGUGGAGGAGCUGAUUUGCCGUCAUCAGCAACAGCGUGUGACACCGGUUCAGAUUCUGGAAGCAAAGAAACAACCGUACCACAGGUUGUAUAUAACAAUGCUGAGGGAGAUGCUCUGAGAGAGGCGGAGCCUGUACAAUCCUCUGGUAAGGUCCUUAACAACACUGAUAACCCGGAAGGGGACAGUUGCAACGAUACGUAUGACUCAGGGGCUGCAUCACCGUUGCAACCUGGUAUCAUUGAAGAUGACGUGGUAGCUUCUGAAAAGUGUCAGCCUACUGAACAGGUAGACCCUAACGGUAGCAACGAUGUCUCUUACGGUCCCUCUGAAAAUGCAGUGAUUUUGCCUGUCACGGGAACUACGGGUAGUACGGCAGAUAACUUGGAGAAGAAAGGUGCUGCUACAAGUCAUACAUCUUCGUCAAAAGAUGCGAGUUCUGGAAAGUCCUUAGAGCGUGAGGCAGUCUUACAGGAGUCGGAAGAUGCUUCCACGGAGUAUCCCUAUUUCGUUGAAACCGUCAUGACCUUACAACUUCUGCCAUUUAAUGAGCACAAAUGGGAUGAUAGCAAGUAUGUGCGUCCCAUAGAGGGUUACCCUAGUUACGGCAUGAAGACACCUAGUCAAUGUCUUGGCUGUAUCGAUGUUCGGGUCCGCGUGUACCUCCGCAAUCGUGCACAGUGGCUGGCCUUGCGUAGCUGCGCAAGGCCACCUAAGAUGUAUUGGCAUGUACCCCGGGAGUUUGAAAUGUUCCACACAAGUCUAAUUAUCAAGCGUAUGGGUUUUUUUCUCAACUCCAAGCCUCGUUGGGUGGAUCAUAUUCUGUUACCUCGGUGGCCUUAUGAGCACCCAUGUUACAUAUUUUUGUUUUGGUUGAUCUUAUUUGAUUUUAUGGUGUUCGCACCGUUACCUCGCAAAGUAUUGGACGUUUAUUUGAUGGUGGGAAUUGUGUCUAUCUUCUACCGAUACUGUAUCGGUCCCAUGCGUUAUCGUGGUCUCUGUGGAUUUCGCCAGGAGACUGCAACUACAAGUGUUACAUCGGCCUCUUACAGCCCCAAUUUAUCGCGUGCAAUGUCAGGAACUCGUGUUGUAUAUGAUGAUGGCGUGAUUGGUGAUACAAGUUCUGAGUUGCUCGCUCCCGAGACUGUAACAUACAAAGUGGAGCGAGCUAGAAUGUCUGGUGCAUCGUCAUUACAAUUGACUCCCAUACAUUCUGAUUCAAGUGGUCGAUUGAUUAGCGAUAGGCGGCCUUAUAAAUGGGAUUUCAGGGAUGGCGAGGGAUCGAAUGCUCGUUUCAUGGCGCCCCCUGGUUAUCGUGAUUUGAGUGCGCAGCGCUAUGACGGAUCACAUUGUUGGCCCAUAUUUGCGGAUGAGUUGUCUGACACUAACCUUGAGGAUAUCGUGAAGUUGGUCGUGCUGAUUAUGCAGAAGGCCCAGGUGAUCCUUGGAAGCGUGAUGUUAGCGUUAGACAAGCUACGUUUUUCGCUAGGAUGCGCUGAUUCCUUAUCAUGGCUUAUGGUAUGGGUUACAUUGGUGAUACUGCUCAUUCCGCUUUAUGUUACGGCAGACCUAUUAUGGCGUAUUCCCGGUAUAGUUUGGCGUUUGGGUAUUUAUAUUGGCGUAUCAUCAUAUUGUUUCACCUACCACAUUACCGAUAGUAUCAUUUUUUGGAAGAUUUUGGAUCGUAUUAUCGUUUGGUUAAGGUUUCCGGGUCCACUUCGGUACCUCUCUCAUUGGUUGUUACGCGCCCCUGACUCGCGCGAAGCGGACCAUCGUGCAAUUGCCACUAUACAAUUGAUUCAUAAUUAA